ACGGGGCAAAGUGGUUGUACUAGCUCUCCCCCAUACAAGGCUUUUUGGCUUGACGUUCUUAAGCGCUCCAUUAUGUGGGCAAAGUGGGCAGCUCAGCUCAGUUUAUCUAGUGUGAUCUUCUCCUUCACAUCUCCUCCAGCUUAAUCAUUGACACUACAUCUAUCUUCAGCUAGCCUUGUUAUCAUGCCCAACGUUCGCAACGUCGUUCGUCGAUCUCGUCGAUUGUCACAUCAAUCACCCAUUGCAGCUGAAGAUUAUGUUUUUGAAGAUCCGUACUUCACUCAAUCGGGCUAUUCAAGCGUUGGGACCGUUGGCAUCCCUUCGGUUCGUGUCAGCCCCCCAUCUCCUGCUGAAUCCGCAGUCUCUGCCUCCCACAUCUCGUCGUCACUAUCCCCUGUCCUAUCCCACUUGCUGUCGUUUCCCAAUCGUUCAUCACACUCUCGUAAAAAAGAAGAAGGCCAUAUACCCCGCCCUCCCAAUGCCUUCAUCGUGUUUCGCUCUUGCCUUUGGAGUAAUGAGGAUUUCAGAAGCCUGGAAUCCGACCAUCGCAAUGUUUCGCGCAUAGCCGGCGAGAGAUGGCGUAACUUAUCUGAUGACGAGAAGGAACCUUUCGUUCAGAUGGCAAAAGAGGCUAAAGCAAUGCACGCGAAGAUGUAUCCCAACUACAAAUACUCUCCUUCUCAUCGCUCUGCCGUGGGACCGAAGCGAAAGGCGAGACGCAACAGCGAGGAGGAGAAGGCCAAGUGCGAUAUGAUCGCUUCCUUGAUGCAGAAAGGUGUCGAGGGCUCUGCAUUGGCGGACGCAAUGGCACACGUAAAAUCUGAGGAUGUCGACGGGUUUAUACCGAGUCCUAUCAUUCCCCCACAAGCCCCCAUAGUCAUCCCCAGAGCUCUUCCUCUUGUCCAAUUGCCUGAACAUCACAGAAAGAAGGCUGCUGCCCGUCCUCGAGCCACCCGCCCCACCACUACGCAACAUCACAUCGCAGGCCCUAACCUCGCCACCUUGAGUCCUCGUCCGUUGCCAGUGUGCCCUGCUUCUCGAUGCGACGCAGAGGCCGCACCUACUCCAGAGCAAUCCAGCGGUACCCCCGAGCUGCUGUAUCCAGCCGACAUGAUGGAUGAGUUCGUUCCCACUGAUGAAAUCCCGCCUUUAAAUCUCGAUGCUGUUUUUGAUAUAAAGGUUGCAGAACAGGAACCCUCUAGCAUCUUCUACUCAGGCAUGAAGCCAGCUGCAGGGCUCGCCUACUUCGGGGCCGAGUUCGAUGUCAUGCCUUUCACUGACUCCUCCUUCAUCGGUGCCAAUCCGCAGCUGCCCCCUACUCCACCCCUGAUCCAUAUCGAAAGUAACGAGUCUCCCAUGCUGAGUGACUAUGCGUCUCCCCUGUUGACGCCUCAUCAAUCUCCGAUUGUCUUCACCAACCCUUGGACUACCUUCUUCACGCCUUGUUCACCAGACAACGAGCUCGACGAAUUUUUUGUACAGCCCAUGGCUGCCUCGCAAUCUUCGCUUCCGUCCCCAUACAGCCCUCUCAAUGACUGGCAUCACAGCCAGGUACAUGCCCGAGGGCAUUGAUCCCAUCGCUAAAGACGUGCAAUCCGAAGUUAACCUCGAUGACUGGAUUCACUUCAAUCAGUUCUAAAAGUCACAAACUCAAAACUCCCGCUCCAUACUCAUAGAGUUACACCAUCAUACCACUCAUAUGCUCACGACAUCGACGAUCUCUCGUACACUUCCUAUCUCGCACUUCUACAUACCCAGCACGCACAGAUUUCCAUCGCAACGCUUGUCACAUAUCAUGUAAAUUCCUCUGUAUCUUUUAGAACCCGCUGGGUUGUUACAGCUAGUAUAUGCAUCUCAUUAGACCUCAAAAACUUGUGUAUACCAUACCAUUCAAUUGUUACAUAUUUGGAUCGUUCAUCGUUUAACUUU